GAGUUCAGUGUGGAAAAGCCGUUCAGUCGGUGAACGGACUCGGGGCGCAUUGUGUGCUUCUGAGACAGAAGCAGCGAACAAAACAAACGACUCGGUUCGUGAGAAAGCGGCGCGAGAAGGUGUGUCCAGCUGUCACAAGGACGAAAAAGAAAAGAGCCCGUCACGGAGGAACAAUGGUCCAGAGUCAAGUUUUGGUAAUAUGAGCGAGAGGCGCGGAUCGUUACAGGCGGAGACUUGACCGUUGAUGCAUCGAUUAUAACCACACCGUGUUUCUUUUGGUUAUUUGGUCAGGUUAGAACUGCGGAUUCUCCCCGUUUUCCCUGCCGUUUCCCGAACGCGUUGUCUAUUCCUCUCAUCCCUUCACUAGUUUUCCCCCCUCGCAUCUCCCCUAAAUCCAGCCAGCCCUGAGAUGAAUUACCAGUCGAGCGUUCCCGUCUCCGUGUCAGUCUCGGGCAUCUCUCAGCAGGCGCAGCCAGCCAUGCCCGCACCAGGCCCGGGUCCAGUGCCGGUUCCCGCACCGGUGCCGGUCCCCCAGGCCAUGCCCGCACAGUUCGGCUCGUCGUCGUCCGGCGGGUCCGUGUCGGGGCCCGGCGCCCAGUCCGGGUCGGCCGGGUCGCAGUUCGUCUUGUCCAACUCGGCGGCCAUCCGGGCCGAAAUCCACCGCUUCGAGUCCGUGCACCCGAACAUCUACGCCAUCUACGACCUGAUCGAACGCAUUGACGACCUCGCGCUGCAGAAUCAGAUCCGCGAGCACGUCAUCUCCAUUGAAGAUUCCUUUGUCAACAGUCAAGAGUGGACAUUGAGUAGAUCAGUGCCAGAGCUCAAAGUGGGCAUCGUUGGUAACCUCUCCAGUGGGAAGUCAGCCCUGGUGCACCGGUACCUGACGGGGACAUAUGUCCAGGAGGAGUCUCCGGAGGGAGGCCGGUUUAAAAAGGAAAUUGUGGUGGAUGGACAGAGUUAUCUCCUGCUGAUCAGAGAUGAGGGAGGACCCCCUGAGCUUCAGUUUGCCGCCUGGGUGGAUGCAGUGGUGUUCGUCUUCAGCUUGGAGGAUGAGAUCAGUUUCCAGACAGUCUAUAACUACUUUUUGAGGCUGUCCAGCUACAGGAACACAGCAGAGGUGCCCAUGGUUUUGGUAGGAACGCAGGAUGCCAUCAGUGCCACCAACCCACGAGUAAUUGAUGAUGCUCGCGCCCGCAAGUUGUCCAAUGACCUGAAGCGCUCCACCUAUUACGAGACCUGCUCCACCUAUGGCCUCAAUGUGGAGAGAGUCUUCCAGGAUGUCGCUCAGAAGGUGGUGGCGCUGAGGAAGAAGCAGCAGCUGGCCAUUGGGCCUUGCAAAUCCCUGCCCAACUCACCAAGCCACUCAUCUGUCCCUGCUGCAGCCAUUCCAGCUGUACAUAUCAAUCAGGCUGCUAAUGGAGGGGGUGCGUUCAGUGACUAUUCCUCCUCCGUGCCCUCCACUCCCAGCAUAAGUCAGCGGGAGAUGCGCAUCGAGACCAUUGCUGCCUCCAACACGCCUACACCCAUCCGCAAGCAGUCCAAGCGCCGCUCCAACAUCUUCACAUCGCGGAAAGCCAGUGAGCAGGCAAAGAGCACUGACUGUAAAACAGACAGCAUAGGCAGUGGAAGGGCCAUUCCCAUCAAGCAGGGCAUUCUCCUCAAGAGAAGCGGGAAAUCGCUGAACAAGGAGUGGAAAAAGAAGUAUGUCACGCUGUGUGAUAAUGGCCUUCUCACCUACCAUCCUAGUUUACAUGAUUACAUGCAGAAUGUCCAUGGUAAAGAGAUCGACUUGCUGCGGACGACAGUGAAGGUGCCAGGGAAGAGGCCACCCAGGGCUGUCGCUACGGUUGCUCCAACUGCUAGCCCUAAAACCAAUGGUUUAACCAAGGACAGAAGUACUCUACAGCUCGGUAUUGGUGCCACAGGUGCUCCUCAUUCUAACAGCAGUACAUCUUUACAGUCUGGGGGCUCAGCUGCUGGGCUGAGCAUGGCUGCUGUGGGUGGAGUUAAAGAGGGAAUGCACCAGCGCUCCUUCUCUGUGUCCAGCGCUGAGCAAUGGAAUGAGGCUGUUAACACCAGCAGCACCGCAGCCAAUGGAAUGACAGACCCUCUGAGUGGCACUCCUGGCAUGGGUGGAGCCACCAGCCCCAAACUGGAGCCACCUCCUUCGCCACAUGCCAACCGGAAGAAGCACAGGCGGAAAAAGAGCACGGGCAUCACCAAACCAGAUGGGCUGUCGGCAGGGAAUGAAGAGCAAGAAGAGUCCUUUGAAUUCAUCAUUGUGUCACUGACGGGACAAAUGUGGCAUUUUGAGGCAUCUACGUAUGAAGAGCGGGAGCUCUGGGUCCAAGCCAUCGAAAGUCAGAUAUUUGCCAGCUUACAAUCAUGUGAAAGCAGCAAGAAUAAGUCUCGAUUAGGGAGCCAGAGCGAUGCUGUGGCCAUCCAGUCCAUCAGGAAUGUACGAGGCAACAGUUUCUGUGUGGACUGUGACUCCCCCAACCCAGACUGGGCAAGUCUGAAUCUGGGUGCUCUGAUCUGUAUCGAAUGCUCAGGGAUCCACCGAAAUCUGGGCACUCACCUGUCCCGUGUGCGCUCUCUGGACCUGGAUGACUGGCCUGUGGAACUGAGCAUGGUGAUGACUGCCAUCGGUAACGCUAUGGCCAACAGUGUGUGGGAGGGGGCUCUGGAGGGCUACACCAAGCCUGGAGCCGACAGCACCAGGGAGGAGAAGGAGUGCUGGAUCCGGGCGAAGUAUGAGCAGAAACUCUUCCUGGUGGGGCUACCACAGUCAGAUGUACCACUGGGUCAGCAGCUGCUGCGGGCUGUGGUGGAGGACGACCUGAGGCUGGUGGUGCUCCUGCUGGCUCAUGGUACCAAGGAGGAAGUCAACGAGACCUAUGGCGAUGGAGAUGGACGCACCGCCCUGCAUCUGUCCUGUGCCAUGGCAAAUGUUGUUAUCACACAGCUGCUCAUCUGGUAUGGCGUAGACGUGAAGAGUCGUGACGCCAGGGGUCAGACACCCCUAUCCUAUGCUCGGCGGGCAGGAAGUCAGGAAUGUGUUGAUAUCCUCAUCCAACAUGGAUGCCCUUCCGACAGUGGCGGCCUCUCCACACCAACCACCACUCGGCACAACCCCAAUAUCAACAACAACAAUGCACAGUGCGAGCUCAACCGUAGUGUCAGUAUCAUGUAGACCUUGGGAGGACGUUCUCCCAUGCACACCCGAACCCAUACUGUAAGCCUUGAGUGUUCCAGUGCCCUGAUACUGUGACUUCCUUCCCUGCCUUCAACUGUGUCCACAUGGUUUCGCAAUGAACUUCCACUGUUCACCGUGUCAGCUCCAGGUUACUUUUGUGAAAUGCCAUCUUUUGGCCAAGACACGGUGACCCCAUUUGCUGACCAUUGCUACUGUGUCAAGUCUAGACUUAACUGUGUAGAUGCAGAUGUGCAAGGUCACCCCUCUCUCUAUCCAUAACUUGUGCUGUUGUGACAGAUCCUAAUAUCCAUGGACAGCCUGCAACAUGAAUCCAUUAACUGAGUGUAGGAGAAAUGUGUAGCAGAAAGGAUUGGUCAGGAGGGUAAGAGGAGAAAUGUUUCAACCCUUCAGUUCAGAAUCCACACUAUAUAUUACCUAUGACAUAGUCUUUGGUCAGACUCUAUACUAAUGAUGGAUUUUUUUCCCCUUAAGUUCAUGCGUUUAUGCAAGUUUCCUAUGAAGUUAGAUAAAAGAAAAACACUGCAGAAUAGAGCCCUGUAAGCUGAUUAAGGAAGACUUCAACCUAUGUGAUUGCUCCAUCUAACAAGGUACAACUCAUCUGACUUAAUUUUCCUUCUUGCAUUCAUCUCAUCCAAGAAUUUCUUCAGUGAUCAUCAAACUAGAUGGCUUGCUAAGAAUACCUCUUCAGUCAGACCAAAAAAAAAGAAAAAAGAAAACCUGAAGGGCAUGAUUACCCUGAGAAUAGUGUGUCAUUAUCAGGGCUUUGUGAGAUGGAUUUCUGGAGGGCUCUGAAGUGGUCUCAUGACUGUGUGACACUGGGGUCUCCAUAUAUAAAACUCCUUUUAAAUGAGAGAUCGUUUCACUGGCAGAUCCCAGUAACCCAUGCUAGGUAUUAUUAUAUUUGCUGUGAACUCCUCUGUGUGCGUGUGUGUGUGUGUUUGUGUGUGAGCGCGAGAGAGAAAGAGAAUGCUUGUUUACCUCCUCCAUACUUGAUCAUACAUUGAUACGGACAUGACCAUUUUGUAUUGCAUAAUGAUAUAGAAUAGUAUUCUAAAAAUAGUGGAUCGAGGACAGUACAGAGGAUUAUGUACAGAACUGUGUAUAUAGUAGCUUAUCUUUCCCUUAUCUUUCCCUCUGACAGCCUCAUCCACUCCCAUUUAGGUACUAAACUAUUAGCAGAAGAAAGGCUUGUCAUAACUGGAUGUGAGGAGUGUUCAGCACUCUGGUGCUGUUCAUCGGAAUAGUUUGACUACAAAUGCUAAAACGGCUAGCUAUAAAUGAACACUAGUUGCAGUCAAUGAGCGUCAGCUCAGUUGUGCAAUGCUAACUGAUUUGUGUUAACUUUAGCCAUGUUAGUAUAUAUUUUUUGGUCAAACUAUUCCUUUAGUCUUCUAUAUGAACUGACAGAACAUUCAUUUUGACAAGUCAGUAAAGCUGAUGAGCUUAGAGAGAAAGUAGUAGCAAAGUGGGACACUUUCAAAACUGCUCUGUUUCAGAAAGCUGAAAUAAGACCUGUUAAUAUUCUUUUUUUAAUACCAUGCAGUAUUUUGUGUUUGCAGAGCAUUUGGUACAUUAAUGUAGGUAUUAAUCCAUGCAUAAUAUAAACCAAUUAUCCACCUUCAUGAGGAUAAGUUAUCAACUACACCCCUGUCUAACUGUCCCUGGAAAUACAAUACAGCUUCGUUGUCAUCAUUUGGUUGGACAUGCGUAACAAUCUGUAUGAUGGAGCUAAGUAAAAACCUCUGUUCCUUCAUUUGGUUUGUUACACUUUUUAGCAUAAUUUAACUGUAAUCAGUGUGAACAGUUUUAUAAGUUGGUAAAGAAAAAUAUAUAGCAACUAAUUUCAUUUUUGUGAACAAUUACAUUUAGUUCAUUUGGAAUUUUAACGUGUGUACUUAAUUUCAAGGACUGUUGCGCAUUAUUUUUCUACCAGCAGAUUUGAAAUUGGGGGUUGAAUUUAGAUUUGAAUUCUAAUAAGGAAAAAUUAGUUUGAUGACUUGUAGCCAGGGUAACGUUUUUGAGCUCUGGGGUGCCCAGCUCCAGUCCUGGAGGCUCUGGGUCCUGCACAUUUUUGUUAAUCUUCCUCCUCAAACACCUGAUUCAACUCAUCACUUAAUUAACAGGCUCUAAAAUGUGUUAGAAGAAGGAAAUCACCAAACUGUGCUGGACUCCCGUCGUCUCUUGGUCUAUCUACUACUGCAAGGAUUACAGGUUGACCUUUUAAAGUUUUGUGGAUUUUGAAUUGGCCAUUUUUAUUAUUUUUUUUGUUUUUUUUUCUUGUAAAUUUGAUCAUAUUUCAUAUUUUAGCUUCCUGUGAUGCAAUUUGGCUAAUUCACAUCAUUCAGAAAGAAUCACAGUCACAACCUGUGCCAAUAAAGGAAACAUCUGCAUCGUCACAUCAGCUCACUCUCAUAGACUCUGAGCACAUAUUUGAGUUAGUUAUGGGGUACUGUGGAAGAAAAAAAUCAACAUUCCCCAGCCCUCACAGUCCUACACAACAUGAUCUGCCGUGCAGAGUGGAGUUGGCUGCUAGUAGUAUUAGUAGUCUUACAGAAAGGAAAGGCUUCUAAACAUUAAAACCAUCAGUUAAACUGCUAUGAGUACUUGCACUGUUCUCUACUAAAACUAGCCAUAUUCUCGUCAUCAAAAGAGCAUAUUAGCCCUCUAUCAGUUUGGUUCAUUUUCAUUUUAGGUACUUUGCUUUGAUGUGUCCACCCUCACAUCUGACCGUCAAAGGUACUUUGUAUAAAAUGUUGUACAUUUGACAUAUUUAUAAAAGCCAGAUGUAAAUAUUGUUUUUUGUUGUUGUUGCUUUUAUUGAACUGUCUUUUUUUAUUUUCCAUUGUUUUUACACUCUGAACGUGAUGAAGUGACUUCAUGAGAGUUAGCUGUUGUGUGCUUGGAUGCUUGGCUGGCUAUUGACAUAAUAAACACUCCAAUAAAAUGAUUUAUACCAUAAGACAGCUUAA